AUGAUUACUGUCCUCGGAGAUGCCCUAGCUUUCUAUGCUAUUGUGGUUGACACACCCCGUUGGCCACGUUACCCAUACUGGUCGUUGCAUGUGUGCAAUUGGCAUCAAAGCGGUCCAGCUGUUUUAGACACCUGCGUGUCCGACGAAAGCUAUGACUUGGUUGAUGUCCGUUUUCUUACCGAGGAGAAGCUCUUGACUCUCACACCACGCGGUCAAGGGCUAUACAACGUCGAGGAUCUGUCAAAGGCACCGCAGCUUCAGGCAAGAUUUAUGAUGCCCAUUAUUGGACCAAUAUGGUCGUUUCUGGAGGAUCCAGCGCUUCUACUUUCCAUCGGUUUUCCAUACGUCAUAUCUGCUCGUCUGUUCUUCAUGGAUAUCCCUGCGACGUGGUUUGAUGCGACCUCAGACGUUGAACGAGUUGUUCCAUGGUUGUUAUGGGGUCCACAAAAUUCUCGCUGCUUCGACUCGUCACGCCUGGACUUUCAAUUUGGAGUAGGACGAACUCGUGUCGUUCGAUCAGUUCCCCUCCAAGAUCUUGAUGAGUUUUGGGUGCAUAUGAACGACUUCAAUCCCUCCGCCGUGGCACGCGGCAUCGGUAAGGUAGUUCGGGAACCUACGGUACCAGCAGGCUUCAGGGAGCAUGUGGUAACCUACCUCCAUUACGUGGAAGUGGUCAACCUCCGCAUUUGUCCCCGAUUUGUUCGUAUCACAUUGGAUGAAGAGAGGUUAUUGUAUUCCCCAUCCAUAAAUACAAAUCAUGAAGUGGGUGUAUUUCGCAUGUCAAGCGAUCAUCUCUUUGACUACGAGCAGGGGAUUGAUAUAGCGAUCAUUGACAUGUAG